CAUCCAUGGAGGACGAAGAGGAGAUCCGAUCUCACGCCUCCUCUUCCCCCGAUACCGAUCCCUCUCCUUCCCCGCCGCCGGGAGGAGGAGGAGGAGUCACGGUUACGGUGGCUUCGACAGGUCCGCCUUCCUAUUCCCUGACUCCUCCGUCUUCCUCCUCGCAGCAGCAGAGAGAUCCCAACGCGCUGGCUCUCGCGCUGCUUCCAACUAGCGGAGGAGGAGGAGGUGGUAGCGGCAGCAGCAACGGGAGAGCGAGCGGCGGCGGCGGGAGGGAGGAUUGCUGGAGCGAGAAGGCGACGGCGGUUCUGAUCGAUGCGUGGGGGGAGAGGUACAUGGAGCUGAGCAGAGGGAAUCUGAAACAGAAGCACUGGAAAGAGGUGGCGGAUAUCGUGAGCGGGAUGGAGGAUUACGGCAAGACGGCCAAGACUGAUAUACAGUGCAAGAACAGGAUCGAUACGGUGAAGAAGAAGUAUAAGCAGGAGAAGGUGAGGAUCGCUAGCGGCGGUGGUCGUAGCAGAUGGGUGUUUUUCGAUAAGCUUGAUCGGUUGAUUGGUUCGACGGCGAAGAUCCCGGCUAUUGGAAGUCCCGGAGGAGGGUUGAGUAAGAUUCCUAUGGGUAUUCCGAUGGAUAGCCGUUCGAAUGUGUAUCAUCAGCAGGCAAAGGCGCCGCCUUUUAAUAAUCUUGAUCGGUUGAUCGGAGCUACGGCUAGGGUUACAGCUGCUUCCUUUGGCGGUGGAGGUGGAGGGAAUGUCCCUAUGGGAAUUCCGAUGAGUAGCCGUUCAAGUCCGUUCGGACAGCAAGUGAGGACGCUGCCUCAGCAACAGCAAGUGAGGACGCUGUCUCAACACCAGCAAGGGAGGACACUUCCUCAACAACAACAGCAAGGGAUGAUGGUGAAAAGAUGCAGCGAGUCAAAACGCUGGCGUUUCAGCAAGAGGAAUGCUACUGAUUCAGACUCUGAGUCCGAUGCACCAAUGUCUGAUGAUGAUGAUUCCGGUGAUAGUUUACCCCCGCCUCCUCUGUCCAAGAGGCUGAAGACGGAGGAGAAGAAGAUGAUUAAGCAAGAAGGAGGAAGCAAGUGGAGGGAGCUAAGCCGCGCGAUCAUGAGAUUCGGUGAAGCUUACGAGCAAACAGAGAACGCGAAACUGCAGCAAGUGGUUGAGAUGGAGAAAGAGAGGAUGAAGUUCUUGAAGGAGCUGGAACUGCAGAGAAUGCAGUUCUUUGUGAAGACUCAAUUGGAGAUAUCAGAGAUUAAGCAGGCAGGGAGGAGAAUGGGUAACACUAGUAGUGAUGAUCACCACAAGAGCAAAAACAACAUGAAUGCGAUUGUCAGCAACGAUGAUGUCGGUAACUAGAGAGUUAUAGUUUGAUUCAGGUCGUAAUCUACAUAUAUUUUAGAUUUGAGUUUGAUAUUGUCGAGAAAGAAACUUAUUUAGGCUUUUAUCAUGAGUGUAUUAUUAAUAGUUUGCCAAACCUUUGUUUAAUUUUGUUUUUUACAUGGAACAGAUUUAACUUGCA